CGCCUGUUUCCAGCCCGCUCAGCCAAUCAGCGCGCGGCAGUGUUUUCGUCCCGGGGUCCUAAUAAAAGGGCUGCAAUAAAAGGGGACAGAAAAGGCGCCGGCGGGCCCGACACACGAUCGCAGGAGCCGGGUGGCUGCGGAGCCGGAGCCGGAGCCGGGCCCCCUCGCCGCCGCGUCAUGGCGCCCACCCUGGCCACUGCCCACCGGCGCCGCUGGUGGAUGGCCUGCACGGCGGUGGUGGAAAACCUCCUCUUCUCGGCAGUCCUCCUGGGCUGGGGCUCGCUACUCAUCAUGCUCAAGUCCGAGGGCUUCUACUCCUACCUGUGUACCGAGCCAGAGAACGUCACCAACGGCACGGCGGCUGAGUCAGGGCAGGAGGAAGAGGUGAGCUGGAUGAACGGUUGGCUCAGCUGCAAGGCCCAAGAUGAGAUGCUAAACUUAGCCUUCACCGUGGGCUCCUUCCUGCUCAGUGCCAUCACUCUGCCCCUGGGCAUCGUCAUGGACAAGUACGGCCCCAGGAAGCUCAGGCUGCUAGGCAGUGCCUGCUUUGCUGUCUCCUGCUUGCUGAUUGCAUAUGGAGCAAGUAACCCAAAUUCUCUCUCUGUGCUCAUCUUCAUCUCCCUGUCUCUGAACGGCUUUGGCGGGAUGUGCAUGACGUUCACCUCAUUAACACUGCCCAACAUGUUCGGCGACCUUCGCUCCACGUUUAUUGCCUUGAUGAUUGGAUCCUAUGCCUCCUCAGCAGUCACCUUCCCGGGAAUCAAGGUCAUCUACGACUUUGGUGUCUCCUUCAUCAUCAUCCUCGUGGUCUGGGCCGGCUGCUCCGGCCUGGUUUUCCUCAACUGCUUCUUUAACUGGCCUCUGGAGCCCUUCCCGGGGCCAGAGGACAUGGACUACACGGUGAAGAUCAAGUUCAGCUGGCUGGGCUUCGACCACAAGAUCACAGGGAAGCAGUUCUACAAGCAGGUGACGACCGUGGGGCGCCGCCUGAGCGUGGGCAGCUCCAUGCGGAGCCACAAGGAGCAGGCGGCCCUGCAGGAGGGCCACAAGCUCUGCCUGUCCACCGUGGACCUGGAGGUCAAGUGCAAGCCCGAUGCUGCAGCGGCGCCCUCCUUCAUGCACAGCAUCUUCAGCCCCAUCCUGCUGCUCAGCCUGGUCACCAUGUGCGUCACGCAGCUGCGGCUCAUCUUCUACAUGGGCGCCAUGAACAGCAUCCUCAAGUUCCUGGUCAGCGGGGACCAGGACAAAGUGAUGGCUGCCGUGAGCCUCUAUACCUCCAUUUUCGGUGUGCUCCAGCUCCUCUGCCUGCUGACGGCCCCCAUCAUCGGCUACAUCAUGGACUGGAGGAUGAAGGAGUGUGAAGAUGCCACAGAUGAGCCCGAGGAGAAAGACGCCAACCAAGGCGAGACGAAGAAGAAGCGAGACCGGCAGAUCCAGAAGGUCACCAACGCCAUGCGGGCCUUUGCCUUCACCAACGUGCUGCUUGUGGGCUUUGGGGUGACGUGUCUCAUUCCUAACCUGCCUCUACAGAUCCUCUCCUUCAUCCUGCACACAAUUGUGCGGGGAUUCAUCCACUCUGCCAUUGGGGGCCUGUACGCCGCCGUGUACCCCUCCACCCAGUUUGGCAGCCUCACGGGACUGCAGUCCCUGGUCAGCGCGCUCUUCGCUCUCCUGCAGCAGCCGCUGUUCCUGGCCAUGAUGGGCCCCCUCCAGGGAGACCCUCUGUGGGUGAACGUGGGGCUGCUGGUCAUGAGCCUGCUGGGGUUCUGCCUCCCCCUCUACCUCAUCUGCUACCGGCGCCAGCUGGAGAGGCAGCUGCAGCAGAAGAGGGAAGACGACAAGCUUUUCCUCAAGCUCAACGGCUCGUCCAACCAGGAGGCUUUCGUGUAGCGCCCACCACCUCAGAACUGUGGCCUCCUGCCCCUGUCCGAGACUCACAGUGUCCUCCCCCCACCCCAGAGGACGCCAUGCCCCCCGGAACCUUCCUCCACGCUGGAGUCCGUGCGCCCUCCCGGGCCCCGGCCCUGCCUCAGGGCUCUGCUGUGGAAGGACAGGGAGGGCCUGGGCCCGCGGGGGUUUCCCUGCCAUUGGAAGAGGGUGCCCCGGGCUCUGCUCUGCCACCUGGGAGGGGCCCUGGUACCUGCAGGAGGAGCCAGGAGGACCCCUGGCAGUCAGGCCCUCGCCCUCCUGCAUCUGGAUUCUGCCUCUCGCCAAAGCAGAGGGAUCUGCUGUUCACUGCCUACCACCUGCCUCUCCGCUGCAUGCCCUCCCGCCACGCCUGCCCGAGGACAAAGGCCUGCACUGUCCGCACCCCCUCGCCCGGCCCCUCGUCUCCUCCCCUGGUCAGUCUGAGGCUGCCUGAGGAAGGAAGGACCCGCUUCCUGUUGUGGUGCUAACGCCUUUGUGGUCCCAGCCCCCGUGGCCAGGCCGGGCCUGUCCUCCCGUGUGCGGCCUGUGGAGAGGACCCCUGGCUGAGAGCCUGGGAGGGGCGCGGUGGGGGGGGGGGGGGGACUCGAGGCUCGGAGCCGGGGACAAAGGACCUCGGCAUCUACGUGGAGAGCGAGUUUGUGCUGCCACCCGCCAUCCAGCCUGUGGCCUGAAGGGAAUUAAAGGGGCACCAGCAC